AUGUGUGACGCCCUAUGCGGGACCGGAGCCCCAAUACGGGAUUUCUUUGAUCUUGCAGGGUUCGACCCUCCAUUUCCGACCACCAACUGUAUUAUAGCAGUUACGGCAGCCUUUGGAUUUGGAAUCCUUCCGCCGCGACCCCGUCGAAGGUAUCACUUGCUCUUUCCUGCGUGUACAUUGACCCUCUCCUCUUCUCUCUUCUUAUCAUCAACUUCGUUUGCCUGGAUGCGAUCUUCGCUUGCUGGAACAACGAAUGCUUUAGCUCGUAGGCGAAACGAGGAAUGGAAAGCAGCCGCUACAAUCUCAAUCCGAUGCGCUCACAGGCAGCACCCUACACAAUCGGCACCCACAUCCGCGUGUACGUGUGAUGUGUCGUCUGGAUGGAACCCCGUGUCGUGUCGCUGCUAUUCUACGAUAGAAGCACUAGGGAAACAACUAGGGCGAACACGACCCUCACUGCAAUUUUGGUUCUCAGCACGGUCGACGGCUGUGCAAACACGACAGUACGCAAACGGCGAUUCGCUCCACGCUGGUGCGGCUGCUCUUCGCAUCUCCACAGAAACACCGAGUGCGAAUUCGGGGAGCGGAGCAUACGAUAAGCGGAACACGGCUCUCGUGGGUCGUGGAGCUCUUCGCACUUUUGCUAGCACCGGAAGCACCUCUGUCCACGAUUCUGUAGACACUGAUGGCAGCCUCUACCACACAAAUGAUGCGGCUGAUGGUGUAGUCGGAUACGGAAGCGAACUGGCGCAGGUGCGAUCCCAUACACAACAUCUUCUGCACGAUCUACCACCAGGUUUCUUGUCAGGGAACUACUUGACGGAACCCGUCCUCUCCUGGGCUGAUGCCUCCAAAAUUUUGUACUGGUGGAUCAUUCGUAAGACGCCAGAAUCUGUCGAACGUAGCCUGGAAAUACUGUCAGCCUUGGUGCGCGAAGUUGAUCGACUACAGGUAGAAGAUGAGGACGAAGAUACCUCUAUUCGCUUUUUGAAUCCGUCUCUGGUCGAAUCAAUCGUCAUCAAUUGGAGUUUUUGCUGGAAGCGGUACAAUUCUAUGAAAGUUACGCCAAUUAUACUCUACGAGAAGUUGCAAGAGUGUGCCGCACAACUCUCGUCACUCGAGCUCUCCGGCAAAGCAUUGAUACAUAUCAUCCACGGAACAGUCUUGGCGGAAAGGGAAAUUGUGAAGUCUUCUUCGAAGACGUACGCCACGGCCUCGUUUUGCGACCAAGUGUUCCGCAGCGCACUUUUGUUGCCCUACAGUCCCGACACGCUGACGCUGACGCUGAAUCUGUGUCUCAAAGCCUGGUUGCGAAGUGGACAUCGCAAUGGUUACCGCGGCGACCAGCGAGCUGAACAUGCGACCCAGUUGUUCGAGGACGCUUUGCAAGCUGGAGUCGCUGUGGACGCGAUUUCCUAUAAUACAAUGUUGCGUAUCUACGCCGAUUGUGGUAAGGGCGAACAUGCUCAAUCCCUCCUGGAUGAAUGGUGUCGAGCUUAUAACCGUGAUCCCUUUGUCGUCGCUGAACCCAACCUACUGUCUUUAAACAUUACGUUGGCAGCCUGGUCCAAAUCGGCCAAACACACUCCCGACGCCGCCUCCCAUGCACAAACGUUGUUGCGCCGCGUAUGGGAUCCAUACGACGACAUUGGCAAAAUCGGGAUUCAACCCGAUACUGUCACCCUCAAUACCAUUCUAUCAUGUUGGGCUCGAUCAGCAUGGCAACCAUCCAAUACCGCCGAAAAAGCGCAGACUAUGUUGCAAGAAAUGAAAUCUUUAUUUGAUAGUGGUGAAUUGGACGUGCAGCCAGACGUAUACUCCUACACAACCGCGAUGAAUGUGUUUGCUAAAGCCGGUCAUCCAGAAUCGGCUGAAGAGUUGCUUAACACUAUGCAUCAAAAAUACCUUGGCGGCGACAAAAGAAUGAUGCCAACGUCUCUUAUGCAUGUUUCCAUCCUCGAAGCAUGGGGGAGAUCUCUACACCCUGAUCGGAUCGAAAAGGCGGAAUAUGCUUUGUCCCGAAUGGAAGAAUUGCGCAAUUGUGGAUUCUUGACGACGCAUACCGCAACACAUAGCAAUGAUUCAAACGCGGCAGCCGCUUACAAUGUUAUGCUGAAUACCUACGUCAAAGCCGAUGCCGUAGACAAGGCGGAAGCACUGUUGCGUCGCAUGAUGGCUCAUACGGAUCCCGUUCUCCCCCCACCCGACGGCCGGACUUUUUCUAUUGUUAUCCUUGCCUUGGUUCGUUCGCCUGAUGGAACUCUUCGUGCCGCGGAACUACUAGAUAGCGCAUUAGAGCUUUACCGGAAAUCGGGGCCCGGAGUCUUUGAGUUUGAUAUCCGACCCAUCAAUGCUGUUAUCAGUGCUUUGAGUCGCAAAGAUAGCACCGUAACACAAGCUGUUGCCUUAAUACAUCGCAUGUUGGAUUGGGUUGAACAGGGCGACCAGAGGUUGCGACCGUGUGAUGCGAGUUACGGACCGUUGCUGUUCGCAUUACAUAAAGCUCAGCUUGAUAUUGACGGAGCGCCAUAUAUUGCUGGCAUUCUUGAGCGAUUUGAAAAACUCCAUGCAAGCGGUAUCUUGCCAGCCCCUCCUAAAUAUGAGGCAUACAAGUUUCAGGUCUUGGCAUGGAGGUUUUCCAAGCAACCGAACGCGGCCAAGAAUGCCCACGCGGUGCUCAAGUUUUUGAGCAACCAAGCUCGACAAGGUAAAAGGAACUAUCAGCCUGAAGCACUACUAUACAAUGCCGUAUUGGAAAUAAUGGCCAUGCACCGAUUACCUCUACAAGCAGAAAAUUUGCUCCAAGAGAUGUAUAACGACUACUUGACCAAUCCGAUCAAUGCCAAGCCAAAUUUGCGAUCUUUCAAUGCUGUCCUUUGGGCUUGGGCCCGUUUAGAACAAUCUUCAGUAGCGUUAGAACACACUCGUUCGCUGCUGGCUCAAAUGCAGCGAUUACAUUCGUCGGAAGACGAAGCCAAAGGACUCGAUGUUGAGCCCGACACCGUUUCGUAUAAUUGCGUCAUGAGUGCCUGGAUGAAUUCGAGACACGAGGAUGCACCGACGCAAAUCGAGCAUAUCUUCCGGCAUUCGCUUUCGGUUGAAUCUGUCAGAACCAAACCAGACCAGUACUCUUUUACGUUGGUCAUACAGGGAUGGCUGCGGGGUCGUAAUAUUGAGAAAUGUACUGCCGCCUUGGAAAACAUGUGGCAGGCGUAUACGGAGAAUCGCAUCCGUGUAUACCCCAAUCCCAGACUCAUACAACAGGCAAUUGCAUUGGCGACAGUUGACGAUGCCGCACAGGUUGCACGACUCGAAGCCUUAAUGCUCAAGAUCAAGAAGUUGCCAGUCCGGCACAGACCGACUGCCUGACAGAACUCACGCCAGCGUGCGAAGCCGUCAACGGGGUAAAGAAGUGCAAAGAAGGUAUAUUACAGAAGCCUGUUGUAAGCAAAUAUAAAUUGCUCCUUCCUGUAUCUUUCUGUUGCAGUAUACGUGCUGACUGUCAGUAGCAUUAUCUCCAACAAAUAUUCUUUGGAAGUGGUCAUUGACGACUAGUCGCAAUUUCUUUCGUCAAACGCAACAGCUUCUCGGUACAAACACUCGUGCCAAACGUCAAAGCUCCAUAGUCGCGUGUUGUCUGAGUCGCUAUGCUUCGCCAUUAUUUGUAGUGGUUGUCCAUCAAGGCAGUCCUGCAAAUGGAUACUGCCGAAGAGGGAGCCGAGCUCAAUGGAAAACUCCUGAAAGUUGAACAAGUGCUGCAGAAAUUCAAACGUAUAUAUGUCCUCCGGAUUAGUUCGCAGACUUGCCUCCUUGCUAGCAAAUACUUUAUCAAAGCCCUUUUUCCGAAAGCGAGCCCGUGACAUUGUUGUACUAGCCGAACUUGCUUUUCCUAGCAAAGUUUCUUCGUCACGAGUUGGUUCUUCUAACUUGGCUUCAAGAUCGAAUUCAUCAUAGUUAUUCUCAAUACUUGAUGGGGUAUUACGCUGCACCCUGAGGGAUUGCGCCGUGCUACCGAGUGGCGUCAAACUAUGGGGAUGGGAACCUUCUAGUCGCGCGUCUAGUUGUGGUGCAAAGAAGCCAAUGACUUUCAUGGCCCCUUUGACGACAUAUUUUGCGGGCAAACGAGCCGUCUUGCGAGUCAGCUCCAAACCCGCCACACAACGUGUCCACGGGAUACUUCGCUUGAAACGACCGCGCAUUACCACUUGGUAACGUCGGUUCAUACCCACAAAGUACCCGAUCUGAUCGUUGUAUGGUUCCGGUGUAGUACCCAGUGUGUGACGUAACCGGACCAGCA